AAACACGGAAGAGUUCAUUCAGAGAGAGAGAGAGAGAGAGAGAGAGAGUGUGUGUGUGUGUGUGUGUGAGAGAGAGAGAGAGAGAGAGAGAGUGUGUGAGAGAGAGGGAGCGAGGCAGAGAGAGAUAGAGAGUGUGUGUGUGUGUGUGUGUGUGUGUGUGAGAGAGAGAGAGAGAGAGAGAGAGAGAGAGAGUGUGUGUGUGUGUGUGUGUGUGUGUGUGUGAGAGAGUGAGAGAGAGAGUGUGUGAGACAGAGAGAGAGAGAGAGAGAGAGCGCGCACUAAAAUCUCGUGCAGUAGACUCAGUUCCCGGCUCCUACACGGACGGGCUCGCGCUGUUUCUCUUUUCUCUCCGGGAAGAAGUUCCAGUGAAGUUGCUCCAGAUGCGCGUUGGCGCUGUUUCCGCGUCUCCCGGUGGCCUGAAGCUGAAAUGUUCCCCGAAAAGUCAUUUUAUGGACUGCUUUUCGUGUGUGUGACCAUUUCCCCGCUUACCCUCACCGACAAACCCGAGGAUGGUUGUGGCCAGUCAGAUCUGGGUCCACAGAGUGGUCUCAUGUCCUCGAGGAACUAUCCGGACGAGUACCCCAACAACUCAUUGUGCGAGAGGAAGAUCCGCGUGCACAGUAGCCUCAGGAUCGUGCUAAAGUUUGAACACGUCUCCAUCGAGGGAGUGGACUGUGAGACUGACUAUCUGAAGGUCUUAAAGGAGAACCAUGGGACGACUUUUGCGUACUGGCAGUAUUGCGGCGAGCCGAAAUCUCACCCCACAGUGACCAGCCAGCCACUUUACACAGACGCCAGCGAGCUCACAGUGAGCUUCCGCUCCAGCCGUCACUCCUCAGGCAGAGGCUUCCGGCUUUCCUACACCACCGUGAACCGCACAGAGCUGCUGACGUGCACAGACAAAGGCAGCCAUUUCUCCCUUUCACACUACAGGAAGUUCUGUCCGGCCGGAUGUGGAGCAGCAGCGGGUGACGUGGCCGGAGACGUUUCUCAGGGCUACAGACAUACAUCAGUUCUGUGUAAAGCUGCAGUCCACGCAGGAAUCUUUCCAGACCAGUUUGGGGGCGAGAUCACAGUGGAGAAUCAGAGAGGACUUCGCUACUACGAGUCAGUGCAAGCCAACGGCAUCCAAUCCAAAUCCGGCUCUUUGUCUGAAUCUCUCUUCACAUUUGUCACCAACGACUGUUCCAGACAGGUAGUACUUCAGCCCGUAUCUGUUAACUCCUCAUGGGAGAGAAACGUAUUCGAUGGGACUCAUAGCGAUUGGUCCCCAGGCCUCGGCCACUCCCUCUCCCCAACAGGAAAUUGGGACAACAAGUCUGACAGUAAACUCUGGCUCCAGCUCGACCUGGGAGAGAAGAAGAGGAUCACAGGGAUUUUAACCAAGGGUUCAGAUUCCGGUUACUUUGUGAGAAGCUACAAGAUCAUGUACAAGGAGAAGAGCCGCUGGCGCACGUACACACAGUAUAAAAGCUCUGAAGAUAUGAUAUUUGAAGGGAAUGUGGACAAUCUCUACCACACACGCAACACUUUCCGUCCCUCUUUUGCCGCACGUUACGUCCGUGUCGUCCCUCUGCAGUGGCACCAGAGGAUCAGUCUGAGCGCGGAGCUCCUGGGCUGCCCGUACGUCCGAGAUUCAACAGCAUUCGCAGUAGUCACUGCGACGUCUCAGGUCACGCAGGAGGUUUUGUCCAGCCAGCCCAAACUGGUUGAAGAUGAAAUCCCAGAGCACCUGCCUCAGUCUGAUCUGGUGAAGCUGAUCAUCAUCGUGGUGUCGGCGGUGGGGUGUGUGGCCGUGCUGCUGGUGGUCGGGAUCUGCAUUUUUAAAGUGCUGCAGAAGAAGAAGAGCAAAGAGAACAUGUAUGACUCUGCAGAUCUUCCACAAGCAGGUUGCUGGAAGCAGGUGAAACAUCCGUCUGCCAGGCAGCAGUCCACUGAGUUCACCUUCAGCUACAGCUCGGAGAAAGAGCACCUGCCCAAAAUAGACCUGGUCACCAGCGACAUGGCAGACUACCAGCAGCCGCUGAUGCUUGGUGUGGGAACGGUGUCCAGGAAAGGCUCCACCUUCAGGCCCAUGGACACGGACUCCAAGGACAAUACCAAUGAGGCCAUGUCUCAUUACGACUACCUGCACACGGCCAAUCAGUACGCUCUCCCACUGACCAAUCAGGAGCCGGAGUACGCCACGCCCAUCAUCGAGCGCCAUGCCUUUCGGAAGGACGUCUUCUUUGCGGAUCCCAGCUACAGUGUCCCUGGGGUUGUCCUCAGCAAAAGUUCCUCAUUUAAAGCCACAGACAACAGCAACUACAGAAAGGUGGUGGGAGGAAAUGUGUCUGGGGGUUACCAGACGCCCCAGACCAAAUGGGACGGACCAAACCAUUCAGAGGGGGCCAAACCUGGCAGAUCCAGCCAUUCUGAGGAUGUUUACGACAGCCCUAAGGGCAGGAAUCCUGCAGUUCUGCAGAACGGAGGCUUUUCGGAGUAUCAGAGACCUCAGGCAAAGGGUUACUCGGCACCUCGGGACUGCGUUCGGCUCAAUGCCUCCGUCCCACAGCGACCCGACCCUGAGGGCUGCAGCCUGAGUGGAACCUGAACACGCGUGAACAUACAGACUUGUUUCAUGUGACCUCACAAAAAAAAACACCUCCGGGAUCUUCUCAUAACUUAUUUUUAUACUAGAGAGAGAUACGGUUUUGUUUUUGGAUAUAUGUGCUGAGAAAGAUGGCCUUCUCAGUGAGCAUGAGGAAUCGUCGAUGCUGUGUGUGUGUGUGUGCUUUUUUUGUUUUGUUUUUAAACUGCUGUGCAAAUUGGUUAUAUUUUGUCUUAAGAGAUUUAUUGGUUUUAUUUUUUUUAAGGAACAGGGUUUGCUGAAGCUUUCACCUCUCUCUCUCUCAGCGAUGUGAAAAUGUGUGUAACAUAUACAAAUAAGGCAUAUGAGGCAUUUUGAAGAUGACCUCUUGUAAUAUAAUGUGAUCCACCGUCUCCAUUUUCUGAGCUACUUAGGAGUAGCAUCAUAGGCAGUUCUGGUGCAGCUCUGGUGUUUGGAGGGUGACGUAACUUUUUUUGUUUUUGUUUUUGUUUGAAUUGUCGAACUGCUCCGAGCAAGACGGGUUUCUUCUCUUCCUUUGACUGACUGGCUUCCUGUUUCAAGGAGACACUUCCUCUGUUCCUCUGAGCCAUGUGCAGUGGUACUGUUGUGUCAGUGUGUAACAUUUUAUUGAGUGUACAUAUUCCCUGUACAGAUUUGAAAUGUAUAUCAUGGAAAGAGGACGGAAAGACGUUGCGUCGCUUAUUUAAAGCACCCACAAAGCUGCUGGCGUGCAUUAAUGCUGCUGCAUUAAAGAGACAUUAAAGAGA